UAGUCGGCAAAGCAUACCAUACAUGCAAAACAAUUAAUCACUUUUAAAACGUUUUAAAACUUAAUAACAGGACUAAAAUCGUUCAAAAGUUUUUGGAGAAUAUUCUGAUUCCGAUAUAACAAUUUAUAUACAAUGGAUGACCCUGAACUGCAAGCAAUACGCCAACAACGUCUCCAGCAAAUGCAGGGAGCCAACCCAGAGCAACAGAAGGCUAAAGAGGAACAGAUGGCCGCUCAGGAAGAUAUGAAAAACUCAAUGCUUUCACAGUUGCUUGAUCAGAACGCCCGCGCACGACUCAACACGCUUAAACUGAGCAAACCCGAGAAGGCUCAAAUGGUUGAAGGUAUGAUUAUCCGGAUGGCACAGAUGGGCCAGAUCGGUGGCAAACUGGACGAUGCCUCGUUAGUGAAGUUGCUCGAGAGCCUCAACCAGCAGAUGCCUCGCAGUAGUUCUACUGUUAAAUUCGACCGACGAAGAGCGGCCUUAGAUUCGGAUGACGAUGAUGAUUACGGAAUUUGAGGAAUAAGAUCUGUUAAGGUUUGAUUUUCUAUCGACAGAGAAUAUGAACCACUCGUAAGGCGAUUCUUGCCUAACAGGAGUCAUGCUGGAGCGAAUAACACACAAUCUACCGGAAGCGUAAUAUGAAUUGCUCCAAUCGACAAUGCCUAUUUUAAUUUACAAACAAAUAUAAACCGCUUUAAACAGACCUCA